GUCCCUCAUGGUCUUUUCAGGCACAGGAUUCUGGUACAAGUGCCAAGGAUCAACAGGAAUGAAAGCCAUUAGAAGUCUACUUUCGUUUCUCCUUCUUGCGAGCGCUGUCCUGUCCCAGGAUGCUCCAGCGUGCGGCAAGAAGAGAUCAAAGAACCAGCCCGGAGUGGAGUGGCCCUGGCUGGGUUCCAUUGUAGAGCUUGAAGGUGAAAAACCUGAAUACGUGUGCAUGGGGAUGCUCAUCAGCAGAAAGCAUGUAGUGACGGCAGCGCACUGCUUCGACGCCAAGUCAUUAGACACAAGAAAAUACAAUGUAUUCCUCGAGACCGACUCGUCGGACGCAGGGACGGCAUAUAACAUCCAGCUCAUCGACCUUCACCCAUCGUAUAUUCCUGGUAGCUCCUAUGCAGACUUGGCCAUCCUUACUCUAGAAGCAGAUGUCGCCGAUGCAACCAUCCCCAUCUGCCUGCCUGAUCCCACGGAAGUUUACGAUUACAAGCCAUCUUUUGUGGCAGAGUGGCUGCCGAAGAGUCCAGGUGCAGGCCCACCUUACCAGUUAAAGGCCCAGAGAGCUUUGAUUUCAACAAAUGAAGUAUGCAAGAUGCAGUAUUCCAGCCUUGUGCUCGACACCUUAGAUCAAGGAAUCACGGACAACGAACUCUGUACGGACCUGCGGGCAAGGCAAGGCGACUGUACCAGGCUGAAUGCAUCUCCGCUGAUGAUACCCGACCGCAGCGUCCGCUGGAAGUUGGCAUCUAUUGCGGCGUACCGCCACAGCUGCGACGACCAAAGCUAUCCGGGUGUCUACACUCGUAUCACACAAUAUCUUCCUUGGAUUGAGAGUAUGAUCAGUAGCACUCGUUGAUAUCAUCACUACAUCACCACAUUGUGUCAUUUGAAUUUGCUUGUUACCAGUGAAAAUAAAUUUGUUUCCUCGA